AUGAUAGCACUUGAUCUUGCAAUAACAGUGAUGGUUCAGCAAGCUUAUGAGGAAGCAAGAAUCAAAAAGUCUCUUACCAGUUGCCUUUAUGAAUCAAUUCUGGAAGCAAUCCAAAGCAUGCAGGACAGAGAAAAGUUUGCUCUGCGAAAUCUUUACUGCACAAUCGAGGAAAGGGAAAGUGUGAUUUCAUCAUGUGAUGACCCGCAACACAUGAAAAGUAAGAGCUGGUUCUCUUCUUAA